GGCGGAUUCAAACGGAAGAUGAAAGAUGGCCGCGGAGAAAGACACCGAUGUAAAUAAACGAGACAGAAGGGGAACGGUGUGUAAUGUUGUGAUCAGUCAAGAGUCCGAAUCGGUCGUCGGCGGCGACGGCCGGCCGCCCAUCAUCUUCAACCCCGACUUCUUCGUGGAGAAGCUGCGUCACGAGCGGCCCGAGGCCUUCACCGAGCUGGUGCUGAGUAACAUCACGCGGCUCAUCGACCUCCCGGGGGUUGAAUUCUCGCAGCUACUGGGCGAAGAGGAGCCCAAGACGCCCAACGGCAACGCGGCCGGAGGCUUCUUCCGCUCCUUCAACUUCCUCAAACGGAAAGAUAAAGGUGUUGUGUUCGGCAUGCCUCUCACAGAGGAAGGAAUAGCCCAGAUAUAUCAACUCAUCGUGUACCUCAGCAAAAAUCUGCAUGUGGAGGGUCUGUUUCGGGUUCCUGGGAACAGCCUGAGACAGCAGACGCUGAGAGAGCAGCUCAACAGCGGCGCCGACAUCGACUUCUCCUCCGGCGACUUCCAUCCCAACGAUGUUGCCACGCUCCUCAAGAGCUUCCUGGGGGAACUUCCCGAGCCCCUGCUGACCCAGAAGCACCUGCACGCUCACCUCAAGAUCACAGAGCUGAGCCUGUUCGACGAUCAGGGCAACAAGACGAGUGUCCCGGACAAGGAGCGCCAGAUCGAGGCUCUGCAGCUGCUCCUGAUGCUGCUGCCCACCGCCAACCGAACCCUUCUCAAGCUUCUGCUGGACCUGCUCUACCACACCGCCAAGCAGCAGGACAAGAACAAGAUGUCCGCCCACAACCUCGCGCUCAUGUUCGCCCCGCACGUCAUCUGGCCCAAGAACAUGAAUGCCAGUGAUCUUCAGGAGAACCUGAAAAAACUGAACAGCGGCAUGGCCUUUCUCAUCAAACACUCACAGAAGAUCUUCCGGGCUCCGGCGUAUCUGAGGGAACACGCCAGACUUCAGUUCGCGAACACCAAGAUGAUCCACUCCAAGGAUGAUCUGGAGCUGCUGUCGGCCAGCGGGUCUCCGUUCGUGUCUGCGUGUAAGAGGAGCGGAGCGCGAGUGCGUUUAGACUCGGACAGUCACACAGAAGAGGCGCUCCGAGAGCUCUAUCGACAUGUCACCGAUCACAUGCCCAACUCGGCCAAGAAGAAGAAACUCAUCCGACAGCUCGGCAAGCAGUCGACUCCCGGCACUCCAGCGAGCGAGAACACGACUCCGAGCAGUAAAAAACACGCACGCUCGCGCUCUUUCGGCGGACUCAUCAAGAAGAAGGUUUUGGGGAGUCAGCCCGGCGUGGACCGGAGGGGGCGGCACGUGUCUCCUCCGGGGAAGGAGAACAUCAGCUGUGAGCCCGUGAGCUGAACAACAUCAGUGCAGCUUGUCUUCGUCUUUGUUGUGAAUUCUGACUGAAUUGAAGACUUCAGUAUAGAUGACCAGAGAGUUUUUUUUUUUUUUUUUUUUUAAUUAUUAUUUAUUUUUUUUAUAGUCAGUGCUGUUUUAACAUACUAAAUGUUGAGGCUUAUUUUCAUCUUAAUGUGAACAUUUUUAUUUGCUGUAUGCUUUUAAACUGUUACAUCAGGUUUAACGGGCGAACCACUUGUCAGUUACACUGGUCCUUUAAGACUGACCCAUGAUGAGAUUAACUCGCUCAGCUCAUUCACAUUGACAGUGUAUAUAUGUAUAAAUAUGUUUUUUGCGCGUGCUGAUAACUGGGCCGUGCUUUAUUCAGAUUUUAAAGCAGAGAUAGACAACAUUUAUUCUCAAAAGUGUAUUACUGUCGUUUAGAGAUCUGUGGGAAUAUAAACUGUCGUUUGUUUACAUAUAUAUAUAGAUAUUGUCUUAAUAACACUGUGAACGUUUAAAACAUUGUGACCAGAAUAAGACAAAUAUUUUUUUUGUACCUUUUUUUUGGCCCGAAUCUUCAGCGGGCUUAUUUUCCAUGCAACUUUUAACUAAAUCAAAUACGUUCCUUUUAUUUUUGUAUACAUCUUGAUUUCAGCGUGUGCUUAUUUGUGAGAAGUGCACGAAACGGCGUGUGUCUUGGUGUUAUUUGUAAGGGGUUCCCGCGUGCGUGUCGGGUCUUCGAAGGUUUUUCGUAUGUUACGGGUGAGAUGGAUGAAGGUGCAGAGCUCGGGAUGUAAGUGUUCGGGUGAACUCGGGGGGAAUUAAAGGACGUCGCGAAAAGGAAUGGCUGUUGAUGCUGGUUUUGGCUUUGAUCCUGAGUGUUUUUCAUGUUCCUGGAGAGUGCUGUGAUGUCACUUCCUGUCAUUGUCUUCAUGUACGCAUGUAUACAUAUAUUAUAUAUGCGUGUAUAGAUGUUUGGUCAUUCUUUCAACAGAUGUUUUAAGGCUUGUGUUCAAACCUUGUGCUUUCUAACUCUAUAUUUUAAGCCUGAAAGGUUGAAAAAGGGGCGGGUGGUGAACUUGUUUAAAAAGGAAUUAAAUAAAGCACCUUCCACAUUAGUAAAAAGCUUACAAGUGUAAAAUGGCGUAACGGUGGACUUCGCAAUACACAAAGUGAAAUAUUUACACAGUUGCAAAAUUUUAAGUUUAAGUUUCGAUAUGGGUGCUAUCUGCAAAUGGCAUUAAUUGGGAUGUUUGACGUAAUUGUGUGCACAGAUGGUACGUGUGGAGAUUUGAGUGUAUUGGAAAAGAUGUGAUGUAACAAAUUGGGGAACUCGCUGAUUUUGUUUUCCAAUUCAAAGUUUUAUAUUUUCCUUUUUAUGUUACAGUAAUUAGAAAUGGAGUGUUUUUUUUAAAAAACAUUUUUGUAUUUGAUCUGUGAAACAUUUGUACUUCAUCUGCUCUAGUACAAAGAGCGCUUCUGUGUAUUUAAUAGUUAUUUUAUUAAAACUUUUAUCUUCUGCUU